CAUCAUUUAUAUUAUUCUGCUAUAAUGAAGUAUUUAGCAUUGAGGUCAUUGCUCGUACACAAAUUGAUUUUUCAAAUGAUCUUCCUAAAAUUAUGGAAGUUUAUCUUACCGAUGACUCUCCUAAAAAUGUUAUGAUUGGAUCCUUCUUUAGUGAUAGGUAUCAUAUUCAACCAAUAUUAGACAUUUGUAUAAUAUUAGUUGAAAGAGGUUAUAAUGCGAUAUUAGUGUCACCUGAUAGCAUUAUUCCAUCAUUAGAAUAUCCAACCAUCAAACAUAUACCUUUAGGUCUAAAAAUCGAUAUCAACAAAUUUAAUCAUCAAAAAUAUAAAGAUAUAUUUAAUAUAUAUGAAAAUAUUGUUGUAGAAUACAAUAUCGAUUUGAUUUGGUGUGAUGUAGUGAUGAUAAAUGGUGCUUGUUUAGAUGUUGCUAAUUUUUUUAACAAGCCUUUGAUUGGAUAUGGAAGUUUUCCUCUAGGAUUUACACCGGUCGGUAUUAAACCGAAACAUGAUCUUAACGCAAGAUCAAAAGAUUUGUAUGAACUCGAGUUAUCACAAUAUUUACCGCCAAGCAUCUUGGAGAUCGGAUCAUCGUUUCCGGAUAAAUAUUCAUCGCUCACACGAGAGCUUUCAUCGUUUAUAAAUUCACAUAAUCAAGUUUUAUGCGUGAAUCUUGGCACGCAAAUUUUCAAACCCUCGAAUUACGACUUUAUUUUGCAAUCAUUCAUUGAAGCAAUGAAAAAUAAUUUCAUCAACGGUUUGAAUUGGUCAUUAUCCAAAGCAUCGAUUGACGAUUUCUCUGCCAUUUUUAAUCUCGUGGAUGAUGCAACAAUUCAAAACUUUUCAACAUUAAAUAACGAAUAUCCUAAUAUAUCAUUUACAUCAAAAUUCACUAUAAGCAACUACACCAAUACCAAAUUGUUCUUAAGUAAUGGUGGCACGGAAAGUAGUUAUGAAUCUUUAUAUACAGCCACUCCAAUGCUAUUGAUGCCAACGUGUGAUGAAGGAAUGAGAAACACAGAGAAAAUCAAUAUAGCAGGUAUUGGUGUUGAAGACAUUUUAGAACGAAUCAAAUUUAUGUUAAAUGAUGAACAAGUGAAAAAAAAUGAUAGAAGAAUAGAAUAUCUAACUAAAAUUACUAGCAAAAGAAAGUAUAUAACUGCUGAUUUAAUAGAAUAUAUUUUGCAUACAAGCGGAGAAAGUAACCGUGGAAAAAUCUUAAAAGAGUCGAAUACUGCGGAUUUUCGAAUAGGUUUUUAUGCUACCUAUGGAAAUUUUAUAUUAGCCUUCGGACUUACUUGUAUUG